AUGGAGAAAAUAUCUAGGCCUUUUAAUGGGAGUAACUAUUGGAAGAAAAAUGGGUACAAUCUCUUAGAUGGAGCUAGUGAAACAAAGAGGAACAUACAAGUAGUGAAGAUCAAAGGCGGAUCAAACGACUCUACUACCAGAAAUUUUAGGAGGUUUUGGAGGAUUAAAAAGACGCUAAAGUUUAAGAGUCUAAGGAAGACAAUUACUCAUACGCCAAAGAAACUAUGGCAUACGUUCAAAAAUGGGUACGUAAAUAUGAUGUUAAAAAUAGCCGGCGGAGUAGGGCAGAUUGAUGGAGGUGUUGAGUUUGAGAAUAAGAGGAUUUCACAAGCUAAACAUUUUAAGAUUAAGUAUAAGAAUCAAGAUGAUUUUGAAGCUAGGCUUGUUUUUGAGAUUUACAAGUCGUUGAGUACUUCUAAAGGGUUGUCUGAAAUUGCUUAG